AUGUCUAAUCACCUCAACAAAACAAUGCAGAUGAGCUCUCUUUCAUAUGCGGCAACUACAAAGUUUUUCGACACGGAAACUGCAGGGCACGAGCAGAAGAAGUGGGAGAAGUGGAUGGAGUGGAAGGGGUGGAUGGAGUGGAUGGAGUGGAUGGAGUGGAUGGAGUGGAUGGAGUGGAUGGAGUGGAAGGGGUGGAUGGAGUGGAUGGAGUGGAUGGAGUGGAUGGAGUGGAUGGAGUGGAUGGAGUGGAUGGAGUGGAUGGAGUGGAUGGAGUGGAUGGAGUGGAUGGAGUGGAUGGAGUGGAUGGAGUGGAUGGAGUGGAUGGAGUGGAUGGAGUGGAUGGAGUGGAUAGGCCGUCAUCGUGGCUGUGAAUCAUCACAUUAUGGCCUGCUUCUGAUUUUCCUGGCUCCAUGCUCUGGAAUUACACACCGUGCGGUUGAUGCACAUCAUGACGUGUCACAUGCAAUCGAUGCAACUAGGAUAAGUCAAGCAAAUUGCACUUUGUAA